UGCCAUAAGGUACCUACCACUCUCGUUCAUCCUUUAUUGUAUCCCAAGAAACUAGACCUUAAGUAUUGCGUCUGUAAUAUUCUUCUGCAAUUACAAUAUUUUCUGUUUCUUCUGUGUCACGUGUUCAAGUGUUUCACGCUGCGAUCUUUCAGAUGUAAAUUUGUUUGAAUUAACGUAAAUAUUUAUUGUCAUUGUAUAACAGAAAUUCUAAUGAAAACUUACAUUUCGGCUUGCAAUAAUAUAUAAUAUUUUAUUGUUGUGAAAAUCGAUUUUAAUACACAUCUCAUUAAUUUUGCAACUUAUUUGUCUCAACACCAUACGUGUAUUGAAUCACAAGUUCUGAUGCAGACAGUCAAUAGUGGCAGCACCUGAAGAUUCGCAAUUGGAGUGUCAUAAAGAUUCUGAGAAACUACAAAUAGUGAUCUACCAUGGCUGAUUAUCUCCAACUUUUUUGCGGCAUUGCUUUGGUGUUCGUUGCUGUCUAUUAUUACUUAAUAUCAUCUUUCGAUUUUUGGAAAUGUAGAGGUGUACCUGGGCCUGAUCCGAUACCUGUAUUUGGCAAUACUAAAGAUAUUCUUUUCGGAAGACUACUACUUGGCGUCUACUUAAGGCGGCUGUAUGAAAAAUACAAAAAUGAGCCCCUUAUUGGAAUAUUUAAAAGAAGAAGUCCUAAUGUUGUCGUAUGUGACAUGGAUCUCAUUAAGGAUGUUCUCAUCAAAGAUUUUUCUGUUUUCGAUGAUCGUGGAAUCGUUAUUAAUGGGAAGGUGGAACCAUUAACCCAGCACAUCUUUAAUUUAGAAGCAGAGAAAUGGCGGCCACUGCGAACAAGGCUCUCACCAGUUUUUACAUCUGGAAAACUUAAGGAAAUGUUUCACUUGAUAAUGGAAUGCUCGGAACAAUUAGAGAAAUAUUUAGAGAAACUAGAAGAAAAAGGGGAGCCGAUAGAGUGUCGUGAGGUAGCAGCAAGAUUCACGACUGACGUCAUCGGUAGUUGUGCCUUUGGGAUCAACAUGAACGCAUUAUCGAAUGAAGAAAGUGAAUUUCGGCGAAUGGGAAAGAUGGUUUUUUCAACUUCCUUGAAGAAUUUCUUAAAGCUUACAUUCCGAGAAAGUCUGCCGAAAUUAUACUUCUUUAUGAUGUCCUUACAACCGUAUCCGUAUAUUACUUCAUUUUUCAUUAGAGUUGUGUCGGACACUAUUAAGUAUAGGGAAAAAAAUAACGUGAUUAGGCCAGAUUUCGUGAACAUGUUGAUAGAGUUAAAGAACCACCCAGAGAAGUUACAAGAUAUUGAAAUGACGGACAACUUGCUGACUGCGCAAGCCUUCGUUUUCUUCCUAGGUGGUUUCGAAUCAUCAUCGAUUACUAUCUGUCACGCUCUUUAUGAAAUGGCCCUGAAUCCGCAGAUGCAAGAUAAAUUGCGUGCAGAAAUUAAAGAGCUUAGUAAGAAAAACAAUGGUUCCUUCAAGCACGAUGAUUUCAAAGAAAUGAAAUAUUUAGACAAAGUUUUUAAAGAAACACUGCGGAAGUAUCCACCAGGAACUGUGUUGGUGAGAAAAUGCAACAGGGAGUACACUUUCAGGAAUACGAAAGUAACAAUUCCAAAAGGUACAGGAAUAUCUAUUCCGGUAUACGCUCUUCAUCACGACCCCAGCAUUUAUCCAAAUCCAGAAGUCUUUGACCCAGAAAGAUUUAAUGAUGAUGCAGUUGCGACGAGACAUCCAAUGAGCUUUUUACCUUUUGGAGAUGGCCCACGAAAUUGCAUUGGUGCACGGUUUGCAGUAUACCAAACAAAAGUGGGCUUAAUAAAAACACUAGAAAAUUUUAAAGUCGACGUUUGUGAAAAAACAAUGAUUCCGUAUGAAAGUGAUCCACGUUCCGUAGUAUAUGUUCCAAAAAGGGGAAUAUACUUAAAAAUAAGUAAAGUAACAAAGUGAGCUGAUUAAUAAAAGAGAUUAAAACAACGUUCGAAGUAUUAAGAUCAUUGAAAAAUCUGAAAGAAAUAAAUAUUAAAGGACUUUUUUUCCUUUCUUAUUCUAUCCUUCCCUCGGAGGCCACGAGCGUCGGACUCGGAAUCUAGCACCAAAAUGUUCCAGCGUGGGUCAACGUUAAUCUCCUUCGAGUUUUCUGGCAAUUCGGAGGUGUAGAACGAGAAGGAUUGGGUUAUUCCUUUAUUAAAGAUAAUCGUUGUUUUUGCGGUUCCUAGCAACAAUUCCACCGGCGGACUCGGGGAACUUCGCCUCAUCGGAACCCCGACAAAGAGCCAAGGCCUUAUCCAAGGCAGUCGUUGGGGACCUCCUGCUGGACGUGCUCAGGGAUAAAGGAAUAUUCUGUGUGUGAUUGUACACCUUGCCUUAACCCUCGGAAGAGAGCGGUGGCACUAGUGCCCUAAGGGAUUCUAAGUUGCGAGAUCCUCACGAACCGAAGACUCCCAGCGAAAUCCUACCGAGCAUUUUUUUUCUUUUUCUUUUGUGUGUUACAGUGCCUAGAUUUUUAUAAUUUUCAGUCUGUAUCUAACUUGAGUGAGUAGAAAAUUAUUGACUUCUA